AUGUCUGAAGCUUCUGAAUUGAAUGCAAACACUUCCCAUGACAACGUGGACAUGGAUGUUGACGUGGAUGUAGAUGAUGAAUUCAAUGAUAAUGAUGAUCAAAUCAAUCAAAAUAAUAACCAUGAUAUCCACAAUAAAGGAGGAGUGGAUCCAAAUUACGUUGCAAGUGAAAACAAAUCCAAUAAACCACAAGAACAUGCUUCAUCUGCAAGUAAGACUGUUCCACCUCCGUCUGCAUCAGCUAGUAUCCCAGCAGGUAUGCCAGAACUUCCAGAGCUCACAAGAAAAGACAAGACUCUAAAUGAAGUGCUAGAAUUGAUGGAUGAUGAUUUUGCUCCUAUCAUUCCUGACACAGUGACAGAUUAUUAUUUGGCGAAAAAUGGAUUUUCAAGCACAGAUGUCAAGAUAAAAAGACUUUUGGCAUUAGCAACUCAGAAAUUUGUUCUGGAUAUAGCACAAGAUGCGUAUGAAUACUCUCGAAUCCGCAAUGCAUCGUCUGUAUAUAAUUCUGCAAACCCACAAGUUAGAGCUAAGCAGUUGCUCCAGGGUCAACAAUAUGCUAAUCAACAGCUGAUGACCGGUUCUGGAGGACCUUCUGUAGAAGGCCAGGGUGAUCAACCUGCUCAACAACACUCUACUAGUAAUGCAGGUGGUCAACAAGGAAAGAUUGUGUUAUCAAUGGAUGACUUGAGUAGUGCUCUCAGUGAAUAUGGGGUCAAUACUGCAAGACCAGAUUUCUACAGGUAG